CUCUGUUUUGUCGGUCUCAUCCCUUCGUCGAUUUCACGCUUUCAUUAAAUUCUCAUUUACUGAAGAACUUGACUUCGAAAUUCGUGAUUCAUCGAUCUCGAAACCGUUCUACUGCUGCCGGAAAUGGACAUCAGAGAAACAAUUAGAAGCCAGGGCGACGUUACCCUGGCCGUCACCAAGCACCUUCUCCAACAGGAAGCCAAGGCCUCCAACGUUAUCCUCUCGCCCUUGUCAAUCCAUGUGCUUCUCAGCCUUGUCGCUGCUGGUUCCAAGGGCCCCCCGCUGGAUCAACUUCUGUCCUUCCUCAAAUCGGACUCCACCGACAAUCUCAACUCCUUCGCUUCUCAAAUCGUAGCCACGGUCUUCGCCGAUGCCUCUCCCAGCGGCGGACCUCGCCUCGCCUUUGCAAAUGGCGUCUGGGUCGAUCAAUCGCUUUCUCUCAAGCCUUCUUUCCAACAGGUUGUCGACACUGUUUAUAAGGCCUUGCUCUGUCAAGCCGAUUUCAAGACUAAGACCGUUGAAGUGAUUUCAGAAGUGAACUCAUGGGCUGAAAAACAGACUAAUGGACUUAUCACAGAGCUUCUUCCCCCUGGAUCAAUUGAUAGCCUCUCUAAGCUCAUCCUUGCGAAUGCACUCUACUUCAAAGGGGCAUGGGAAGAGGAAUUUGAUGCUUCAAAAACAGAGAAGCGUGAGUUCUACCUUCUUGAUGGGAAGUCAGUUGAGGUGCCCUUUAUGACCAGCAAGAAGAAGCAAUAUGUAGCCGCCUUCAAUGGAUUUAAGGUUCUUGCAUUGCCAUACAAACAAGGAUCUGACCCACGUCGUUUUUCUAUGUACAUUUUUCUCCCAGAUUCGAAGGAUGGGUUGCCACAUUUGAUUGAAAAGUUAGAUUCCCAGUCCGGGUUCAUCGACAGCCACAUUCCAUAUGAGAAGGUUAAAGUGGGGGAAUUCAAGGUUCCGAAGUUUAAAUUUUCCUUUGGGAUUGAAGUUUCCAAUGUUUUAAAGGGGUUAGGAUUGGUGUUACCUUUCACUGAAGGAGGGUUGUUGGAAAUGGUGGACUCCCCAUUGGCUCAAGGCCUUCAUGUUUCAAAGAUAUUCCAUAAGGCGUUUAUUGAGGUUAAUGAAGAAGGCACAGAAGCUGCCGCUGCUUCAGCUGCUGUCAUAGCGUAUAGGAGCAUGGCUUUUGGAGAUAUAAUCGAUUUUGUUGCCAACCGGCCGUUCUUGUUUUUGAUCAGGGAAGACAAGACAGGAACUGUGCUUUUCACUGGACAGGUGUUGAACCCUCUUGUCCAUUGAAUUGUUACACAAUAGAGUGGCGCUGGAGAAUAAACCUAAAUAGCUGCAACAAUGUAGUAACGCUUACUUUUUGCUGCUGAAGGCAUGUUUUAGCAGCAUGCCCUUUGAAUAUUAUGUGUAUUAUCUAUAUCUGGUUUCA